GGCCGAAGCAGCAGGAGCACUUAACCCCCUCGCUAGUUCGCGAGCUUGUCUGCUCUUUCUUCCCACCAACCCACCCCAGCUCCAUACCCUUUAUUAGCCUCCAUUGUCGCGCCAUCGUCCUCCAGCGAGACGGUAGCCCUUGGUCUGUGCAAGCUCCCAGCUAGCUCGCCCACAAAACCACACCGUCUCCUACUAAAUCCUUGGGCUUCCUAACCCAAACCCGUUCGCGUUGGUGGGAGCCUCUGUCAUUACUGCCCCUGCUUCUGCUUCCGCUUCGAGAUCACCCAUCGACAUUCUUCCGGACCAACUGCGAAGCCGGCCGAUCGGCUGCGUGAGGCCCUCCUCGUGCUCCUAGUCCACGUCUGCCGCCCCAGCCCACUUUUCCUCUCGUUGCUGAUCGAACUCCAUCCUGUCCACCACACCAGCACUAGCUUGCCUGGGGCCUUUCCACUCUCGCUCAAGCACAAGGGUGUCCUUGGGAAAUAAAGAAUUCACCGGUUCUUGAUCUAAGCAUUGCUUCAUUGCUCGUCACUCGCCGCUGGAUUGCGGACUGUGACAUUUGAUCACCUGGGUGAAGUUCCUACCUAUCAUUCGAUCCAACAACUCAUCCUCGCGUCACUCUCGACGCCAGCAUCUUUUUAACAUUCACAAACCUUGGUUCCUUCGCGACCGUCGGAGCACAGUGUUAAAGUUCCUUUGAUGGACAGAGGGCCAUCCGAUUACGCGCAGUCAGGUUAGCAUCGCCAUUAAUUAUCUCCCGCGACCUUCUUCUGAACUUCGUGUCAUCAGAUCAGUCGUCUGUCGCGACCUACGCCACCCAAGAUCCUCGGUCGGCCAACAUCUCCAGCACCAACACCCCUCAGUCUGAUUACGGACUCACCCCGUCGUCGGCGCGCUCGUCAGGCUUUCCAUCAGACCAGCUGCGAUAUAGCCAGUACCCUCACGCGCCUCACCAGGCAGCCGUAGGAGCAAUGGCACAACCACCAAGUCCGUCAUUGUCCCUCCCAGAUGGAGCUCCCCAUGGAAAUCCAAAUGGAUCAUUAAAUUCCACCUCCCAUCAGAGAUCUAACUCGGACCUGCCUAUAGAUCCCUCCAUUUCGCAAGCCAGUCCAACAUACCCGCCCUACUCCCCCUACCCCCAGGGUCAAGACAUGCAGCACGCCUACCAGCCUCAGCAUCCCCCUUAUAUGCAGCAACGUCCUCCACACGAGCAAUGGGGAGGCUACCCUCCUCAGCACGGCAUGCCUGGCCCCUACCCUCACCCAGGAGGCCCUGGGGUCGCCGGCCCUCCACAGACAUCGGCCGCGUCACGCCCUGGCCAGGUAUAUUCCUUUGUCCCCAUUCCUGGUGCGCAGCAGCACAAGAGGCCCCGUCGCCGUUAUGAGGAGAUUGAGCGCAUGUACAAGUGCGGCUGGAACGGUUGUGAAAAAGCGUACGGCACAUUGAACCACCUGAACGCGCAUGUGACGAUGCAGUCGCAUGGGACCAAACGUACACCAGAAGAAUUCAAGGAAAUCCGAAAAGAAUGGAAAGCACGCAAGAAGGAGGAAGAGAGUGCCAGAAAGGCCGAAGAUGACCGCCAACGAUCAGCGGCUCAGUCUAACCAAGUAGAUGGACAGGACAACGGUGGUCAUCAAGUACCCGGUCAGGGCUACCAACAAAAUGGGGGCCGACCAUCAUUGCCACCGAUCGGAUAUCAAGCUGCUGAAGGACACAACCAGGGACAAUAUGCGCAACCACAGAGCGGCAUGGUUUAUCCCCAAGGGAACGGACAGCUGGGCAACUACAACUACCCCAACUCGCCUUAUGGACAGCAAGGCCAAGUCUACCAGCAAAGACAGUAUUAAGCAUUGCGGUGGGGCCAGCGCCACACUAGGACAGGCGAUAGUGGCCUGACAUGAGCACUCCAACACUGUUUGGGGCGGAGCUGUGUGCUACAUAAUGAUACCCAGGUGGGAGUGGUGGAGAAUAAUGAAGCGCAACCGGAUCACUGUGACGGGGGCGGGGCCAGGGCAUCUUGAAGGCGUCGAGCAGGGGAUUGGCAGUUGGACCUCAGGAUUGUAACGAGGAUCGAAGUGCCUUGACGGCUUGGACUUGGCUUGCAAGCAAGAAAACAAUUGGGCUAUCUUUUUCUUUUCUCCAUGACGAGCCUGACGAUUCUAUCGACUGACUGAGCACUGCAUGGCAAAAGCCGGCAGAGGGAUCGAGAGAUGAGGUGCGACUCGAGGUGGUUAUGCUUUUUUGCGUCAUGCAUUGUUUUUGGCACGGGUUUUGAUUUUCAGAGAGGGCGUGGCUGCUGUGUGCGCCUACGCAUGGGCCGAGCGAUGAGGUGCAGCAUCCAGCGUCAACGUUGGUGCUGCCGGGCUGAUACCAGUCUUGUACAUUCUUAUUCCACGCACAAACAGGGCAUAAAUACCCUGAUUUGACUGCCAUGGAAAGAGGGUGGAGGUUCUGUGGUUAGAUUGCGGCGUUGUGUUUUGCAAGAAACUCAAGUCCAAGUGGUAUGACAGCCUUCAUUCUAGAGAUUAAAACAUUGCAUCAAAA